UAGUAAUAUAAACGCUAGUUUAACCCGUUAUAGGGCAGUGUAGCCCUAAGGAAUUUUAUUCGGCUAACACCAGACGAUUUUAUUCAACUGAGAAACCCCUGCUUCCGAAGGGGUUUAAACUUAUCUCGAUUAAAAAUGGUCCAAACCUGUUUUGGUAUUAUUUAAGCAAGUUAUACAGUAUUUAAGCUGGUUUAAGUAGUAUUAAUCAGUCUCGGAAGAUUGGUAAGAACGUCCCAAGAACGUUUAAAGUGGAGGACUGUGGUCGCCAACCCUUAGAUAUGAGGACGGUAUCUGGUUGGUUGGUUCUCGUAACUUCAUUUAGCCAGUUAACAAGCAUCUUUGGGUUGUAGUAGGGGUGAAGGGAGGUGUAGAGGUUUCUGUUGGGAGAAUUUCUGUGUGGUUGUGGUGAGACUUGUAUCCGGAUCUGGCGAUGCUGGAAAAAAAUUGGUAAAAACUGCCAAUGAUCUUUGCUUGCUCAUGCACUGCCGGCCUCUCCUUUAUGAGGAAAGGAACACACAAUUAUUAGAGGAAAACUGAAGGAGCCCUCCACCACAAAACCUCAAAGAUAAGCUCAAGUUAUCUGUGUCAUCGCUCAACGUCAAGUGGAGGCGUCAACCCACCACCUCUGCUAUAUUUGAAUUUUUCUCGACAAAAGCAAGAUGUUGGGAGCUCACCUGGCCCGGUUGGGGGUGACGGCGACACAUCAUGUGGCUCACCCUCGCCACACAGUGGCUCAGGCCUUGCGUAUUAUACAAGUGGCACAUUCCUCUUCUAGUAUAGAAUAUAAACCCAUCAAGUCUGUCCUUGUUGCAAAUAGAGGUGAAAUUGCUAUCAGAGUCUUCAGGGCUUGUACUGAGUUGGGGAUUAAAUCUGUUGCUGUCUAUAGUGAGCAAGAUAAAAUGCACAUGCACAGACAAAAGGCUGAUGAAUCCUACAUUAUUGGACAAGGCCUACCACCUGUUGAUGCUUACCUGAGCAUUCCAGAAAUUAUUCGGGUGGCUAAGGAGAAUGAUGUAGAUGCCAUCCACCCUGGGUAUGGUUUUCUUUCUGAACGAUCAGAUUUUACACAAGCUUGUCUCGAUCAUAAUUUGCGUUUCAUUGGGCCAUCACCAGAGGUGGUGCAGAAGAUGGGCGACAAGGUGGUUGCUCGACAGAUGGCUAUUAAUGCUGGUGUGCAGGUGGUCCCUGGAACCGACCAUCCAGUUAUAACAGCUGAUAAAGCAUACGACUUCUGCAUCAAAUACGGUCUCCCUGUCAUGUUAAAAGCAGCGUAUGGAGGUGGAGGGCGCGGUAUGAGAGUUGUUCGGGAGUUAGCUGAAGUAAAAGAAAGUUUUAAUCGAGCAUCUUCUGAAGCUGAAGCGGCAUUUGGAAAUGGUGCUAUGUUUAUUGAGAAAUUCAUUGAGAAGCCUCGACACAUCGAACUUCAAGUCUUGGGAGAUAAAGCAGGCAAUGUGGUCCACCUCUACGAACGUGAUUGCUCAGUACAGCGUAGACAUCAAAAGCUGGUGGAGGUCGCCCCUGCCCCUAACCUUGACCAAAGGAUUCGUGAGGCAAUGGCAGCUGAUGCAGUAAAACUAUGUAAAAGUGUGGGGUACGAGAAUGCUGGUACGGUAGAAUUUUUACUGGAUAACCAAGGGAAUUAUUAUUUCAUAGAAGUAAAUGCUCGCCUUCAAGUAGAACACACCGUCACAGAGGAGAUAACCGGGAUCGACUUGGUGCAAUCUCAGAUUCGCAUUACAGAAGGUAUGACUCUCCCAGAGCUUGGCAUGACUCAAGAAAAGAUUAUUCCACAGGGAUGUGCAAUUCAGUGCCGCGUUACAACAGAAGAUCCUGCAAAAAGUUUCCAGCCAGACACUGGUAGAUUAGAGGUGUUCCGAAGUGGUGAAGGGAUGGGUAUUCGCCUCGAUGGUGCUUCUGCUUAUGCUGGAGCAAUCAUCUCUCCGUACUAUGACUCCCUGCUCAUGAAAGUGAUCUCGAGGGCUUCUGACUUGCAUGCAUCGGCUGCCAAGAUGAAUCGUUCUCUGCGUGAAUUCAGAAUACGUGGUGUUAAGACCAACAUCCCAUUCUUGCUCAAUGUGUUGGAGAACCAGAAAUUCCUCAAUGGCACUAUCGACACCACCUUCAUUGAUGAGAACCCUCAGCUCUUCCAGUUUCAGCCAUCCCAAAAUCGUGCACAAAAGCUCCUUAACUACCUUGGGAAUGUUCUGGUUAAUGGUCCAUUAACUCCCCUGGCUACGGGCCUGAAACCAGCGGAAGUCUAUGCUGUAAUACCUGAGACGCCUGCUGCAAACACAGGAGAACACGUAGAUGGAUUAUGGAAAACAGCUACCGACCCACCACGGGGCUUAAAAGACAUUCUUGUUGCCGAGGGACCAGAAGGUUUUGCAAAGGCUGUAAGGAACCACAAGGGGCUUCUACUGAUGGACACAACCUUCAGGGAUGCCCAUCAGUCCCUCCUUGCCACAAGAGUCCGCACCCACGACCUCCUCAAGAUCUCUCCAUUUGUGUCCCAUAACUUCAACUCGCUUUAUUCGCUGGAAAAUUGGGGAGGUGCCACUUUUGACGUAGCUCUUAGGUUCCUCCACGAGUGUCCGUGGGAGCGUUUAGAAGAAAUGCGCAAGCUUAUCCCCAACAUUCCUUUCCAAAUGCUUCUCCGGGGAGCCAAUGGCGUUGGAUACACGAGUUACCCAGAUAAUGCUGUUUACAAGUUUUGUGAGCUGUCGGUAAAGGCAGGAAUGGAUGUCUUCAGAGUCUUCGAUUCCCUUAACUACCUACCAAACCUUAUUCUUGGGAUAGAUGCUGUUGGCAAUGCAGGUGGAGUUAUUGAAGCAGCCAUAUCUUAUUCUGGAGAUAUAACUGACCCCAGUAGGAAGAAAUACACCUUGGAAUAUUAUAUGAAUCUGGCUGAUGAACUAGUUAAAGCAGGGACCCAUGUCCUCUGUAUUAAGGACAUGGCUGGACUGUUGAAACCUCAGGCUGCCAAGGUACUCAUCUCUGCCUUACGAGAACGAUACCCUGAUUUGCCCAUCCACGUCCACACCCACGACACGUCGGGUGCCGGUGUGGCAUCUAUGUUGGAGUGUGCCUAUGCUGGUGCUGAUGCUGUUGAUGUGGCUGUUGAUUCCAUGUCUGGGAUGACUUCCCAGCCCUCCAUGGGUGCUGUUGUUGCCAGUUUGAUGGGGCAUGAGCUGGACACUGGCAUGGAUUUGGAUAAAAUCAGCAAAUAUUCUGCUUUCUGGGAACAGACCCGCACACUCUAUGCACCAUUUGAGUGUGCAGUGACUAUGAAAUCAGGCAAUGCAGAUGUUUAUCAGAAUGAAAUCCCCGGUGGGCAGUAUACCAAUCUUCAGUUCCAGGCAUUCUCCUUAGGGCUGGGAGAUCAGUUUGAGGCAGUGAAGAAGGCAUACAGAGAAGCAAAUCUUCUCCUAGGUGAUUUAAUUAAGGUAACUCCAUCAUCAAAAGUGGUGGGCGAUCUGGCUCAGUUCAUGGUGCAGAACAAGCUCUCCGCUGCUGACGUUGAGAAUGGAGCAGAGAAUCUUAGCCUCCCAAAGUCUGUGAUUGAGUUUAUCCAAGGAUACUUAGGUGAACCUUAUGGGGGAUUCCCAGAACCAUUACGCACUAGGAUGCUAAAGGGACUGCCAAUUGUCAAGGGGCGCCCGGGAGCUACAAUGACUCCCAUGAACUUCGCUGACAUCAAGUCUGAUCUUGUGGAGGGACAUGGAUCUCGGAUAACAGAUUACGAUGUUCUUAGUUACGCUAUGUAUCCUAAGGUAACUGAGGACUACCUCUUCUUCCGCAACAAGUAUGGCCCCGUGGAUAAGUUGGACACUCGCAUCUUCCUCACUGGCCCUAAGGUUGGCGAGGAGUUUGAAGUACAGAUUGAAAAGGGAAAAACACUACAUAUCAAGACUCUGGCCAUGGCUGAAGAUCUCAAUGCUAACGGGGAAAGGGAGGUGUUCUUUGAGCUGAACGGCCAGCUUAGAUCUGUAAUGGUCCGUGACCAAGAAGCGGUGAAGGAGAUGCACGUCCACCCAAAAGUUUCUCCUGGUGUAAAGGGUCAGGUAGGAGCCCCAAUGCCUGGCACAGUGGUCGACAUCCGUGUGAAAGUGGGUGAUAAAGUGAAGAAGGGAUCUCCAUUAGUAGUCCUCUCUGCCAUGAAGAUGGAGAUGAUUGUCCAGUGUCCUUGUGAUGGAGUUGUUAACACCUUGGAUAUAACCAAAGACAUGAAGCUGCAGGGAGACGAUUUGGUGCUCACAAUUGAUCCCCAGUGAAGACUUCUUUAAGUACAGUUCUAUAUACUGUUGGUAAAUAGUUUAUCUGAAGUGAGGGAUUCGAUUCUAUGGUUUUAUGUGAUGUUGAAAAUGGCUUAUCCAAAGUGAAGGGAUCUAUAAAUGCAGUUCUAUUUGCUGCAGGAAGUAGAGUAAGUAACUUGUACCCUAAGUGUGUACUGUGUGUGUGUGUGUGCGCUUUAGGGUCAUGAUCUAUGGAGACCACAUUCAAGUAUGUUCAUGGGUGAUUGUGUUUUAUUCCUUUUAGUACAAGUUUAAAUUAAAUUACGAGGUAGUGUUGGGUUGUGUGAUAAUAAUAUAAAAUAGACAUGCGAGAUGUCUUGCAUAUGAAAUUCAAGGUUUGUUUGUGACAUGAAAUUGUUCCCAUCUUUACGAUUGUUCAAAUAAUUGGCUGUCCAAAUAUACUUGGCAAUACAAUAUACUAUGAAAACUA